UACAGACAGCAGCUCGUCCUGUCUGGUCCCCUCCCGAGCAGCAGGGGGAGGUAAGGGCCGGAGGCAGAGGAUGAACCCUGAAGUGACCUCAGAAUCACUUCCUGCUCACUGUUUCUGCUCUAAAGUCAGAUUUAUUUUAAGUUUCUCUUUAUUACAUUAUAAUAUAAAAAGCAACUUUUAUAAAUGUAAUAUAAUAACAACAAAGAGCUCAGUUAGCCUCCGUUAGCGCCUCCGUUAGCGCCUCUGUUAGCUCCUGUUUUAGCUCCUGUUUUAGCUCCUCCGCUAGCUCCGGAGGUCCAGCGGCAGCAGUGGCUCUGUCUCCCCGGCAGAAUGAGCCUCUUCCCCGGCCUGUACACGCAGCUCUCUGCGGUGAUGGAGGCUCUGGUUCUCUCUGCAGUGGCCGAGCUGCAGAAGCUGGUGUCAGGAGGACCGGAGCUGUUGAUCUGCCUGGAGUUCCGGGCCGGGCAGGAGGCUCCCGAUCCGCACCCAGUGAGGGACCAGAGCCGGGAGAAGAUGGUGCAGUUUGCCUCCCUGAUGGAGACCCUGGGGAACGAGGCUCUGGGGAAGAUCCUGAACCUUGUGGAGGAGGCGGAGCUACAGGUCGAGGGGGGGGCGAUCCGAUCCCAGACCAGCUUCAUCCAGGUCCUCAACACAGACCACGUCGAGGCCGAACACUCAUACGGGGUCCGCCUGCAGGACACCGACGUCAACAGAUCCAUCCAGACGAAGCAGGAGGAGGAGGAGGAGGAGGGUCUGUUCGUCCCAGCGGUGACGGUGAAAGACGAGCGAGGGGUCGUGGACCUGGACUCCAUCACACAGAGAGCUCGGGCUGAACCUGCCGAGUUGGCCGAGCAGCUGACCUUUGACCCCCAGCAGCAGUUCGGCCUGAAGAGCGUGACAUGGAAGUUCUUCUCCUGCGCGGCCUGCGGGAAGUCCUUCACGUCUCAGAGCAACCUCAAGUCUCACUGCCGGGUCCACAGCGGGGAGCGGCCGUUCAGCUGUGGCGCCUGUGGGAAAACCUUCCGGCAGCGGCAGAGUCUGCAGAACCACGAGCGCACGCACAGCGGGGAGCGGCCCUUCAGCUGCAGCGCCUGCGGCAAGAGCUUCAGCAAGCAGUCGCAGCUGAAGACGCACGGCAUCGUGCACACUGACGAGCAGCCGCACAGCUGCAAGGUCACACACACACAAACACACACACACACACACACACACCUGCACACACCCCUCCUCACAGAGUCCCACUGGGAGAGCUGGGGACCGGGUCCCGGGUCAAAGUCUGAGACACGUUUUAUCUUUCUGAUCCCUCAGGUGUGCAACCGGCGCUUCAACCUGCGGCAGAACCUGCAGCGCCACAUGCAGACGCAUGGCGGCCAGAAGAUCUUCGUGUGCACGCUGUGUGGGAAGGGCUUCACGCGCGCCGUGGCACUGCGGACGCACGAGCUGAUCCACGCCGGGCUGAAGCCGCUGCAGUGCCAGCUCUGUCCCAAGACCUUCCGCCACGCCGUGAACCUGAAGAGCCACCAGCGCAUCCACACCGGCGCCCGGCCCUUUGGCUGCGAGCUCUGCGGGAAGAGCUUCCGGCAAGCAGUCAACCUGAAGAUCCACCAGCGGACGCACACCGGGGAGCGGCCCUUCAGCUGCGGCCUGUGCGGGAAGACGUUCAGCCAGCAGGGCAGCCUGAUCCAGCACGGGCGCACGCACUCCUCGGCGCGGCCGUUCAGCUGCAGCUGCUGCGACAAGACCUUCAACAACGCCAACAGCCUGAAGCUGCACCUGCGCAUCCACACCGGGGAGAAGCCCUACAGCUGCGGCGUCUGCGGCAAGGCCUUCAGCCAGGGCAGCCACCUGCGCACACACGAGAGGCACGUGCACGCGGGCGGGAAGCAGUUCAUCUGCGACAAGUGCGGCAAGAGAUACUCGGACAGACGUAACCUAACGCUGCACAAGUGCGGCUACGCCUGAGACCUGAACAGGGUUUAGGUCUACAGAGAGUCUGGAACAGGCAGAGCGUAAAACUGGAAUCUAUAAACUGAGUCCUGAUGUUUCCUGCUGUAGCACAGGUAGCAUACAUUUGCAUCUGCAGACGAUCGUUAAAGAUGUCUCGGCUGAUUCGGACAGUUCUGGAGUGGUUCUGGGGGAUAGUGAGGAUGCUGAAUCCAUUCCUGACAUUUUCCGGAUCAAACCUGGUAGUUUCAAGCAGAGAGUGGCCAUAUCUUUUUCCCCCCAUGUGCUGGUUCUGAGGAGUUCUGGGUCGAGUCGAUAGAAAAAUUGUUUGAGUUAAAAUGUCAGAAAUGGAGAGAGUGGAGAGACUGGGACCAUCACAACCCGAGUGUGUGCUACAGGUCAGACCACCCUCCUGCACACAGAGGAUGGAACCCUGCUGUUGGAUGCAUUCCUCUCUGUGUUGAGGCCUGAAUGAUGGAAGAGGUUUGGAACGUCAGGAAGAAUAACCUGAUGUUUCCUCCGGAGGGAAGAUUUCAAAUUCUUAAAUCUCUAACAGACGAGUGAAACACAAGAAUGUACCUUAUUAUUUUGUAAUCUGUCGACCAAUCAGAACUCAGAGUUGAUAAAGUGGGCGGAGCCUCUGGUCAUUUAAAGUGACCUGAUUGGUCCUGGCCAAAGUUUAAGUACUACAUUACCCAUGAGCCUCCUUGUUUGUGCUGAUGUGUCAAAACACUGAGAAUAAAGCCCGCCCCCGUGAAAUGUUGCCUUCUGAUUGGUUUAAGUUUUGCUAAUUAAUAUCUAAAUGUUUAUAAAUGCAAAUCGCUGCUUUUUAUAAGUUUAUGGAUUUUAUCAUCAUUUCAUUUGUUUCUGAAAUAAAAUAAAAAUCUACAAACGAG